CUUUCUUCACGGAGAAGUUGGAGGGUUGCUUCAACAAUCGGCAUCCUCGUCUAUCUGAUACGUUCUUUCUACUUCCUCCCAGUCAUUGCUUGCAGAGUUUCCAAUGAAGUAUGACAAGGAGGACGGUGUAUCAGGGAGCAUUCCUGAGUUUGGUGCCAUCUUCAUGUCGAACAUUCAAACCAAGAAAGAAUGUUUUAGAAGAAAACUUUUAGGACUUCCUUCUACACAAGCAAACUUUGUAAAACAAGUUAAAGCCGGGAUGGUUUUGUUUCUGUUUGAAUUUGAGAGGAGAGAACUAUAUGGUGUGUUUCGGGCGUGCUCCAAUGGGGCAAUAAAUAUAGUGCCUCAUGCUUAUAGUUCAUCAGGGAAGCAGUUUCCCGCACAGGUUUGCUUUACCUCAAUUUGGUAUUGUAAUCCACUUUCUGAGCAUGAAUUUCGAGAUGCUAUUAAAGAGAAUUACUUUUCAGCAAAUAAGUUUAACUUUGGUCUGUCUGAACACCAGGUUCGUAAGCUUCUAUAUUUGUUUAACUCAAGAAAGUUAGGAAACAUGGUACCUCAAAGACGAAUUAGUAGACAUGCCAGAAAAGCAAUUGGGGAAGAUGUAAGAGUAGCUGGUGAAGAUAGGUUUGAUUUGAGACAUGAGCCAGAAAUUCUUUUUGAGGAAGAUGGUCAUGUCCCAGGCAUAAAUGCCAGAAGACCAGAAGAUAACCGCUUUCUGAAGAGAGAUGGAAUAGAGAAUGGAUCUAAUGUGGGAAUUUGUCCUGGGUUUGACAUAUUAACCAAGCAUGAUGACAACUUUCUGAAGAGAGAUGGGAUAGAGAAUGGAUCUAAUGUGCGAAUUUGUCAUGGGUUUGACAUAUUGACCAAGCACUCAGGGGCGUCUUUAGGUAAGAGAAGAAGAGACAGUGACUGCUCGUCUUCAAUGCAAGAUAAAAUAGAAUAUGGUUGUAAUGUAGAUGGCAGUUGUGGAGAGGGCAUUGGCAUCAACCGCCCAGGAGACUGGUUUGAAUCAGGGAGAAUGGGUGAAGAUAGACAGUUUUUACACAGUGACAGAGUCGGAGCAGAACAUAUGGACAGCAAUAUUUCACCAAUUGUUACACCAGAGUACCGAUGGAAUCCUUGGGAUGAAGUAAGCAGAGCCACUGAUAAUGGCAGGAGAGAUAAACACUCUUGGCAGAAGGAUUUUAGGUUGGCUGCAUUGACUGGUCACCCUGAGAAUCCUGCAAUCAGAGCAACUGAUCGUAGCUGGCCUUUUGUGGGUAGUAGGAUGCGAAGUGACCCCAAUGAGGACAAUUACGGUGAGGCAAACACCUCAGCUGUUAACCAUGUGAAUCCCUUGUGUAAAGUGGAAAGAAAAAGUGUCGAUCGUGAAUCUUUUGUACAUCAUGUUGAUGGCCGUAUCAUGCCGAGCUUAUUAAUGAAAAGAACAACUGAUAACAGCAAGCUUUUGAUGAGUGAGAUGCCAGAAACCCCAACUGAAUGUUAUGUGAACCAUCACGAUUUUGUGAGAAGAUCAAAUGAUUCUGACAGGUUCUUGGCUGGCAUUGCUAGGGAGAGUGAACAUGACACGAACAAUGGUCUUAGGUCAGUCAUUCCAAAUGUGGGUUCUCGGUUACAUUUGGAUAGAAUAAGACAAGCUGAUGAAGGUAGAUUCUUGAAGAGUGACAAAGUUGAUACUGCCUACAAUUCAGAAAAUUUUUAUGUGCCGCCGUCAUGUAGUUACACUGACUUAUUUCAGUCAAGGGCAGGGCGAAGUUUGUCAUGCUCAAGCAAGUCCAUAUUAGAAGCAGAACGAACUUUGCCUUUAGGCAAGCCCAUACUGGAAACAGAUUAUUCAUUAGGUCACGGGCAGCAUAAUGUCUUUUCUGCAUGCCCUCGUUCUGUGGGGCAAUCAUAUUGUGAUGCGAAGGUUGUUCCUUAUGAUCCUGAAGUCCCUGGCUGUCAUUAUAAAAGUUCAUCUGUUGUGGUUGAUAGCGGUUUGCACUCAUUGCAAGAUUUUCCUCCUAAUGACAAUCCUGUCAGCAAUCACUAUGCUAGUCCUACAGAAUGGUCAUCACAAUGUUGCAUAGAGGAUGAAUAUUUCCGUCAGCACCUUCAUGCUUCUGAUUCGUGCAGAACUAAAAACUGCUUGUUAAGUGCUGAAUAUUUCGGAAAGAUGGAACCAGAAGCUGCUGGUCACAAGAUCUAUAAAGAUUCACAGUUCUCAGAGUCCAAGUCAGAUCAAAUACCUUUUCCGAGGAUAUCUGAUGGCCGAAAUCUGCACCCUCUUAUUGAAUUUGAUAAGCAUGCAGUUGGAUCUCAAGGCAGAUUUGAUAAUAACAUUCCAGAUUAUGAUCCUAAUCGAGCAUUUAGCAUUGAUGACACUUUAUCAUUUGACAAGAAUAAGGGCCGGUUUCAUUUCUGUCCAUCUGAUGAAAUGUGGAGUGGUUUUAAAAAUAUCAAGCGCCGCCAAAACGGGAAGGCCAUGGGCAAAGGUACUAGAAGUGAGAGAACUAGUGUUUUUACUCGUUUGACUCCAGCUUCAGAAGGGCAUGCACAAGAGAGUGAAUCUUACAUGAGCUUUGAUGAUUGUGAUAUGGAUGCAAAUGUUGAUCACGUCAUGAAUGCACUAUGCAAGUCCAUGGGUCACAGGACCACAAAAAGGAUGAGAAACUUGCGAAGUCCUAAGACCAAGGACAGGUUUCACAAAGAAAUGGAGAGAGAUGGAUCGCCAAUGAUGGCUACGAAGAUGCAAAAUUACAUUGCACAAAUUGAAGAGAAUAGCAACCAAAUACCUGAAGAAACACGACUAGUGGAAUUUAAACGCCGGAGUGAAAGCAAGGCCAAGCAAAAAGGGACUGAGAUAAAAAGUUCUGCUGAGACUGUGGAGGAGUAUGGGAUAAAAGGUUCUGUUCAGAAACAGGAGGAGGACAGCGGCGUGGCACAGUACAAGUGCAGAAAGUUGGUUAGGCCAACUUUUGAUAAAAAAGAAGAGUCGAAUGAAGGUUCAAAUGCUAGGGAAAAUACUGAUUGUAAACGCAUGAAGUUGGUCAUGCCAACUUUUGAUAAAAAAGAUGAGUUGAAUGGAGGUCCAAACGCGAAGGUAAUACCUGAGAGUAAGCGCAGAAAGUUGGUUAGACCAACUUUUGGCCAAAAAGAAAAGUUGAAUCAAGGUUCGAAUGCCAGGGCAAAUACUGAGAGCCGAGAUGAGUUGGUUAGACGCUGUGAAAAUGGUAAGUCGGCACAAAAUGGGCAUCCAACCGAUCCAUUGAGAUGUGAAACGAGUAAUCCGAGUGCAGCCAGUUGAAAUUGCACAGUAGGAACUUUUUUGUUUUUGCUUUUUUUUUUUUUUUUGGGCGGGGGGGGUGGAGGGCUUCGACGAGUUUUAAGGAAGGCAGAUUUUGUUGGCCUUUGUGCCAAAUGACAGGUUUUUUGCAACUGUUUUUGACAAAAUUACAGAGUCGGGCUCUCUUAUUCGGAGACAUGCAAAGGCAGGUAUAGAGCUAUUUGUGCAUAUGUAGUGUGCGAUAAUAUGCAUAGAAGGUAGAAGGUUUGGAACCAUCGACGGAAAUAUGACAUUGUCUAUGUCCGUCCAUGACUGUUCUGUUGCAAGAAUCGCAAGCCAAUGCAAAGUCGAGUCCUUUUGUAAGUGGUAUUCCAUAGUCUGUUUGUCCCCUAAUUGGGUACGUAUUUUUCCUUUCGGCUUAGGGAUGGUGGGGGUGAGGAUUUGGACUGACACCCGUCGCCCCCUCCCCUCCCCGCCCUUCGUCCCAAUCAGGGUCUUCUUCAAAAUGGUUUUUUUAGUUUCAAUUCUCUAUUUUAA